GAGGGAAGGAAGGAGGCUCGCUCGGCUCCGCGGCUCCGAUUGGCUCCGGGAGGCGGGCUGGGCCCUGCCUCGAUAGGGCAGCAGAGCUGUCACACUCCCCGCCGGAUCGAGUUUCUCGCCUUUUACGCACGGCCAUUGCGCGCAGGGAAAUAUUUGGAGAAUUCGCCGGGGAGACUGCUGGUUGCCGCUGCUUUUCUUCUUCCUCCUCCUCUUUGCACGGGGUGGAGUGCUCUAGUCCAGCGGGAGAGGCAGCACCGGCCGCCUUGCUACGCAUCUCCUCGAGGGCAAGCCUUGCCAGACCAGAUCUCUUUAUUUUGGGGAUAUUCCGAAGCCCGCUUCCCACGGUUCUGUUCUCCGCCCCAACACCUGCGGAUCCCAAGUUAUGUCCACUGCUGCUCUAAUUAAUCUGGUUAGAAACGGAGGCCGCCAGGCGAGGAGGAGAGCCCUGCUGACAUCUCGCCUGUUGCAAGACGACAAACGGGCGGCGGCUGUCUGCCUGAGCUCCACCAGCGUACGCCGAACGUCUCGCUUCGACUUGGACGGCAGCGGCCGCCCGGCCACGUGGGACUCCUUCGGGAUCUGGGACAACCGCAUCGAUGAGCCCAUCCUCCUCCCGCCGAGCAUAAAAUAUGGGAAGCCCAUCCCCAAGGUCAGCCUGUCCAAGGUGGGCUGCGCCAGCCACAUUGGGAAGCGGAAGGAAAACGAAGACCGCUUUGAUUAUGCCCAGCUGACCGACGAGGUCCUGUAUUUUGCCGUUUACGAUGGGCACGGCGGGGUGGCGGUAGCUGACUUCUGCCAUAAGCACAUGCAGGGAUUCAUCCAAGGCUUUCUCACUGAGGAGCAGAACAUGGAAUUGGUAUUGAUGAAAGCGUUUUUAGAAAUAGACAAAGCAUAUGCCAGGCAUGCUCAUUUGUCUGCGGAUGCCACCUUGCUGACCGCCGGGACCACGGCGACGGUGGCCUUGUUGCGCGAUGGGAUCGAGCUGGUGGUGGCCAGUGUUGGAGACAGCCGCGCCCUUCUGUGUCGCAAGGGGAAAGCCAUGAAACUGACCAUCGACCACACUCCGGAAAGGAAGGAUGAGAAGGAAAGGUACUUGGGCUGGAGUGGGAAUUAAAAAACCGGUGGUUUCAUAGUCUGGAACAGCCUGGGACAGCCCCACGUGAACGGCAGACUUGCAAUGACCCGCAGCAUAGGAGAUUUGGACCUCAAGAAACACGGUGUCAUAGGACCGGAGACAAAACGAGUUCAGUUGCACCAUGCGAGCGACAGCUUCCUGGUCCUUACCACAGACGGCAUCAACUUCAUGGUGAACAGCCAAGAAAUCUGUGACUUUGUUAGCCAGUGUCACGACCCCACGGAAGCAGCUCACCUUGUUACCGAGCAGGCCAUACAGUAUGGAACGGAAGAUAACAGCACUGCCAUUGUUGUGCCGUUUGGAGCCUGGGGCAAAUACAAGAACUCUGAGGUCAACUUCUCAUUCAGCCGGAGCUUCGCCUCGAGCGGGAGAUGGGCCUGAGUCGCUGCUGCUACGAGGAGAUGUGGAAUGAACUGUCCUGUAGGAGACCUCGCAAGGCAGAGAGCAGAUCUGUAGAUAGUUGCGUCCAUCUCUCUCUCCCCCAGCACCUCGUGCUUUCUGCCUGGGUAGAAAACCAUCGUUAACUUGAUGUUGCCUCUUUAACAAACACGUCUGCUACUGCUUAAUCUCAGAGCCAGCGAUUUUCUCCCCCUCAGUCCAA